UACACAUGGAGAAUGAAACAUGUUUUUGCAUGAAGAAUGAAAACACAAGAACCUUUCUAUUGACACAAUUGUAGCAGUGUUAUAACUAUAUUUAUACAUCGCUAAGCAUCCUAUAUAGCAGUUACGUUUUAGUUAUUGUCCUGUAACGUUAUCGUGUACAUCCAUCUUCCCGUCUCCCUUUAAAGCAGAAAUGUCUCAGGAGAGUCAACAUGGCAGGUGGAGUAUAUCAGAUAGUGAAGAAGAGGACAACAUCAUACCCCCAACCCCUGAAAAACGCUCAUUCACACCAAGUAUUAAACCUAAUUUAGAAAGCAAACCCAGUAAGAUCACCACCAUUCUUAAGCAAAAACCGGAGCAAAGUCCUAAUGUAAAUGUAAACCUUAAUGUAAAAGAACCGUCUGCUCCCUUCAUCCGAUCCGAAGCUAGACAAGCAGCACAUGGGAACCAAAUAAACCCUGUGAAAUAUGAAAGCAAUCCCUCUCCGGCUCUAAAGCGAAAGAGAGAGACAGAUGAAGCAGGCUGGAACCUCUCCAGCAGUGAUGAUGAAGAAACCCGACCUUCUGUCCCAAAAGAUGAACCCAAGAAAGUUAAUGUAAGUCCUAAAAAGAAGAAAACCGAACACACACGUCCUCCGAGCCCUCACGGGGCCUGUUAUUAUAAAGAAGAGCCUGCUGAUUUUUUCGAAACAAACUUGUCAAUGAAUGACAUGUACCGCUUUUAUUUAAACAAAGUCACUGGGAUACAGAAAAAGUUCAAUACCGGAGCACUGCAUAUCAAAGAGAUACUUUCUCCUAUGUUCGGGAUGCUAAAAGAGUCUGUGCAGUUCAAUUACUGCUUUGACAUUCCAUGGAUGGUGGAGCAGUAUCCUCCAGAAUUUAGGGACAAACCCGUCGUGAUUGUUCAUGGAGACAAACGAGAGGCCAAGGCUCGAUUAAUUGAGCAAGCCAAACCAUAUCCACAUAUUACUUUCUGCCAGGCCAAACUGGACAUUGCAUUUGGCACACAUCAUACGAAAAUGAUGCUGCUAUGGUACGAGGAGGGAUUCAGAGUCAUCAUCCUUACCUCGAACCUUAUCCGAGCCGACUGGUACCAGAAAACUCAGGGGCUGUGGAUGAGUCCGCUGUACCCCAGGUUACCGGUGGGAAGUCCAGGAUUAGCAGGGGAGUCUCCCACCAACUUCAAAAGAGACCUGCUGGAAUAUCUGGAAGCAUACCGGGCUCCAGAGCUCGCUGACUGGAUCGAUCGCAUCAAACAGCAUGAUCUGUCAGAAACACGGGUGUAUCUCAUUGGUUCAACUCCUGGAAGAUAUCAAGGACCUGCCAUGGAAAAGUGGGGCCAUCUAAGAUUGCGAAAGCUGCUCCGCGAACACGCUCACCCCAUUCAGAACGAAGAGAGGUGGCCUGUGAUUGGUCAGUUUUCCAGUAUUGGCUCUAUGGGUCUUGAUAAGACUAAAUGGCUUGCAGCUGAGUUCCAGCAUACCCUGAGCACGCUGGGGAGAGCAGAGAAAUCAUUACCCACCCCGCAACCACAGAUGCACCUGAUUUAUCCAUCUGUGGAAAAUGUGAGGACCAGUUUGGAAGGUUAUCCAGCUGGGGGAUCUUUACCAUACAGCAUACAGACGGCACAGAAACAGCUCUGGCUUCACUCAUACUUCCAUGGCUGGCAUGCUGAUGUUACCGGUAGGAGCAACGCAAUGCCCCACAUUAAAACAUAUAUGAGGAUCUCACCAGAUUUUACACAACUGGCCUGGUUCCUUGUAACAAGUGCCAAUUUGUCAAAAGCUGCCUGGGGUGCGCUGGAAAAGAACAACACUCAGAUAAUGGUGCGUUCCUAUGAGCUGGGAGUUCUCUACUUGCCUUCAGCCUUUAACAUGAGCACAUUUCCAGUGGAGAAGGACGUGUUUUCUGGCUCCGCCUCCUCCAAAGGCUUCCCUGUGCCCUAUGACCUUCCACCUCACCGUUACUCCAGCAAAGAUCAACCUUGGAUCUGGAAUAUUCCAUACACUCAAGCUCCGGAUACUCAUGGAAAUGUAUGGGCACCAUCUUGAGAAGAUAAUACCUUUGAGACCAUCUGCAUUAGAUCAAAUGGACUUGAGACUCUCUUAGUAUUCCAGCCACCUGAAUGAACUCAUUACCUGUGACAGCAGUAGUAGAAGUAUGGGUUUGUGUCAUUUAGUGUAUUAGAUACUGUAUUUUAGCCACGUUGAGGUGAGUCCACCUUAUUUUUUCCAUUAUCAUUUUGUAAAUUAACAGAUAAAAGAUGUUUUACAGGUAAAAUCAAAAUGGGUGUAAUAAAUGUAUUUUUCGAA